AUGAGUUCAGCAAAUUCUUUUCUUUCAUCAACAGCUUAUCACGCUUCGAAUGCUCGAUAUGCUAGUUCACAAUCACCAUCAUCAACAUCAUCUUCAUUUAACAUCCUUUCAAAUAGUGUUCAACAACAAUUGAAUGAUUUAAAUUCUACACGUUCAUCAACAUCAUCAUGUUCUACAUCUCAUUGUUUAAGUAAUCAAUGUAUUGAAUGUACAACUAUACUUUCAACAAGACCAUCACAACCAAGAUGUAAUCUUACUUCUUAUACUGAUCAAUCAUCAAAUUCAUCUCAUUUUGUACAAAAUUGUUCGUGUGUAUCCAAUUCAACAUUAGAUAAUCACUCGCAAAUAUCUACAAUUGAUGAACAACAAUCAACACGAAUUUUAUCAAUGAAUAUUCCAGUUGAUAAUAGUAAUAAUAAUCGAAAUGAUAAUCCAAUAAAUUCUUCAUCAUUAAAUAUUGAAAUUGAAGAAGAUGAUGAUGAUGAUGAUGAUCAAAGAAUUUAUCUAUUAAAUGAAUAUAAUGAUCAAAAUGAACAAUUAGAAGUUUUUGUUGGUUUUUAUCGUCCAGGAGAAUAUCAACGUGAGACAAUGGAUGAUGAUGAUGACGAUGAUGGAAGUGAAAUAAGUCAUCCAUCGGACGCACAAAAAAAGGAAGAACAGUCAACUCGAGAAUUAAUCAGUGAUGACGAUGAAGGUAAUGAAGAUCAAGAUUUUAUCGAUGAAGAUUUAUGUCCUAAUCAAGAUGAAGAUAAUGAUCAACAACAACAAGAUAAUGAAUUCAUCAAUGAAGAACAAUUAAAUCCAAAUAUUCUUAAUAAUGAUCAUCAACAAUUUGAAGCUAAUCAACAAAAUCCAUUUCCUAUGGUUAUUGUACAAAUAGAUGAAGAUGAAGAUCAAGGUUUUGGUGCACAAUUUAAUGAUGAUUGUCAAUCGAGUGAUGAUGAAAAUAAUCAUUUAUCAACAAUAUCAUUAAAUAAUAAUAAUGAUAAUGAUAAUGAAAAUGAAUUAAUAUAUACGAAAAAAAAAUUUCUUCAACGUUCACAAUCAGAUUCUGAAUUAUAUAAAUAUAACUAUCAAACAUUUCUUUCAUUACCAUCUCUAUCAAUAAAUUCAAGAAAUUAUUUUGAAAAAAUUGAACAUAUUAUUAUUGAUGAUCAACAACCAAUAACAACAAUAUCAAAUUUAAUUAUUAAAAAAAAACAAGAUGAUGAUAAUGAUCAUUUAUUUUUACGAAAGAAAAGAAUAUUAAGAAAAUCAUCAGAAGAAAUCAUUGAAAUAUCAAAUCUUGAAUCUUCUCUACAGACAAUUGUUGAUCAAGCUGUACGUGAUGUUGAACGUCAUGUUAUGUUAUGGGAUGAUGAUCAUGCUCGGCAAAUAGAUCAUCAAUCACCAGUGCAACAAAUUGUGCAAUAUUUUCAAUUAAAUAUUGAUAUUAAUGAAGAUCAACAAUCGAAAGUAUCAUCUAUUCGAAAGGAAUUAUUACUUGAUUAUCUUCAAUAUAGAAGUGAAGCUGACAUGUCUGCAAAUGACUUACAUGAAAAUCUUCUUCAAUAUCCGGAAUAUUCUUCUCAUAUACAUUGUCGAUUUUUUCCAUUUUGGCCACCACGAGAUGUUGAUUUAUUACAAUGGCUUUCUCAUUGGAUUAAACAAGGUGCUCUGCCUAUUGCAAUAAUGAAUAUGGAUCAUUAUCAUUCUCAAAAAACAAAUUUUUAUAGUACAUGUUCAUCUUGGCAACAUCGUAUAAUCUAUGGCGUUGAACCUCGAGGAAUAUAUCUAAUGAAUCCAAUACAAAUUCAAUCUCCUCAACAAGUUUAUGAACAAUUAACUGUUGAUUCAAUAACAUAUAUCACACGUCAAGAAAUUGUUCAACGUUAUAAUCAAUCUCCAAUGUGUUUAACACCUUUAGCAAUAAAUAAUAAUACAUCAAGAUUAUUUUCAGAUACAAGGUGGCGUACGAUGAAUGUUCUUGGACAAGUUGUUAACGUUUUACGUGAAGAUCGUCAAUUAAAUGAAAAUGAAACACGCAAUAUUCCAUAUCGUCCAACCGUAACACAUGUUCGAAUACCAUCAACAUGUUCAUCCGGUAUUUUGAUAUUUUCAAAAGAUUAUAAUCAAUUAAUAAAUGCGAUAGACUUACCAUUAAGACAAUAA